CGGCCACGCCGGGCGGGGCUCCCGUGCGGGGAAGCGGCGGCGGGUCCGGCUACUGGGUGCAGAGCGCGGAGCCGGGCGGCGCGGCGGCGGCGGCGGGGCGCCAGCCAUGGCGAGCUGCUGCGCGGUGCUGGCGGCCUUCCUGUUCGAGUACGACACGCCGCGCAUCGUGCUCAUCCGCAGCCGUAAAGUGGGGCUCAUGAACCGGGCGGUGCAGCUGCUCAUCCUGGCCUACGUCAUCGGCUGGGUGUUUGUGUGGGAAAAGGGCUACCAGGAAAUGGACUCUGUGGUCAGCUCCGUUACUGCCAAAGCCAAGGGUGUGACCACGACCAACACUUCUAAACUUGGAUUCCGGAUCUGGGAUGUGGCCGAUUAUGUGAUUCCAGCUCAGGAGGAAAACUCCCUCUUCAUCAUGACCAACAUGAUUGUCACCAUGAACCAGACGCAGGGCCUCUGUCCUGAGAUUCCAGAUAAGACCACCGUGUGUGAAUCCGAUGCUAACUGUACUGCUGGUUCUGCGGGCACCCACAGCAAUGGAGUCGCGACAGGAAGGUGCGUGCCAUUCAAUGAGACCAUGAACACAUGCGAGGUGGCAGCCUGGUGCCCGGUGGAGGAUGACGCACGAGUGCCAACGCCUGCUUUUUUAAAGGCUGCAGAAAACUUCACUCUUUUGAUUAAGAACAACAUCUGGUAUCCCAAAUUUAAUUUCAGCAAGAGGAAUAUCCUUCCCAACAUCACCACUACCUACCUCAAAACGUGCAUUUAUGACGCUAAAACAGAUCCCUUCUGCCCCAUAUUCCGACUUGGCAAAAUAGUGGAGAACGCAGGGCACAGCUUCCAAGACAUGGCUGUCGAGGGAGGCAUCAUGGGCAUCCAGAUCAAAUGGGACUGCAACCUGGACAGAGCCGCCUCCCUCUGCUUGCCCAGGUAUUCCUUCCGCCGCCUGGACACCCGGGACGUGGACCACAACGUGUCCCCAGGCUACAAUUUCAGGUUUGCCAAGUACUACAACGACCUGACCGGCACCGAGCACCGCACGCUCAUCAAAGCCUACGGCAUCCGAUUCGACAUCAUCGUGUUUGGAAAGGCUGGGAAAUUUGACAUCAUCCCCACCAUGAUCAACAUUGGCUCCGGCUUGGCGCUCUUAGGGGUGGCGACAGUGCUGUGUGAUGUCAUAGUCCUCUACUGCAUGAAGAAAAGACGCUACUAUUGGGAGAAGAAAUAUAAAUAUGUGGAAGACUACGAGCAGGGUCUUGGCAGUGAGACGGACCAGUGAUGCCCACCCCACACUUGGGCUUUCCUUGGCCCUCAUCAGAGCACAGCAAGGAGGGAGAAAAGGCUGCCUGCCCUGUCACCCCAGAGGAAGUUCCAGAUUCUGAGUCAGUCUCCACAAGUACUGCAGUGUUGCCCAGCUGCUCCCAUGUCUUGUGUGUAGGGUUUGCGUAGUAAACCACUAUGCACAUUGGUCACCUUCUGUCUGUGGCUGGGUCACCUCUGCCGUUCCUUCUCUUUGGGGUCACUGGGGCAAGCUCUGGCCCGAGGGCAGUGAAGUGGCUGUGGCUACAGGGCCGGGGCCUUCUCCAGGGCGGGGUCUCCUCAGAAGCUCCCAUCUCCAGCCCCCUUCGAGACAGGCCCAGUCCUCCGAGGCCCGGCAGCUCCACUCAAGCACUGUAUAAGGAAGGCGGCACACCUGGCUGUCCUCGUAGCUCUUCGGCACACCUGGGCUGCUGUUCCUCUCCCCCCACCAGAGGCUUCAACCACAAGGUCAUGAGGUGGAGCUAGUGUUUUGCCUUUGAGAAGAGCUACAUUGAGAUGAUUGAGGACCAAACAUUAAAACAGAUGAUUUUCUAAA